UCUGUAACGAUGCCGGUUCUGGUUGGGCUGAUCGUGGUUUUGCUGGGUUCUGCUAUUGGGGAGAAGCUGUUCCACAGGCGGGAUCACUCAGAUAUAUAUCCUCCCUCUUCCCGCCAGGCGGCGCUCAUCACCGACCCAGACACGGCAGAGAAAUUUCUCUUCAAGUAUGGCUUCAUUAAGGCAUUGACGUGGGAGGAGCAUCCAACCCAGAGCACUGACAUGCUAACUGAUGCUGAUGUUUUCAUAGAGAACAUUGACUCUUUUGUCCACGAGGGGGCGUCCUCUUCUCGUUCUGGAAGUUCUGGACGUACCUUAGAGUCACCUGAAUUUGUCAAAGCUCUCAAAGAGUUCCAGCAGGUUUCUGGUUUACCAGUCACGGGUCUUUUUGAUGACGCCACCAAAGUGGCCAUGAACAAGCCCAGAUGUGGAGUCCCUGACAAAGAUGAGGACCUGAUUGAGACCCACUCUACCUUACAGGAUCUUAAUGAGACAACAAUAUAUAACGAUACCACACCAGUGACUUUAAAUCACACAGAGACAAGUAACACCACAGAGACAGAAACACUAAUUUCUAACAGAACAGAUAACGAAACCCAAGCGCAUCCCAAACCAGCCCUACGAAGAAAGCGCCACCUUGUGGAACUGGUGCAUAAGCGCAGGCAGAAGCGAGAGGUUGGUGAAUGGGGCCACAUGGCAUUCUCUAAGAGCAUUCUCAGGUGGCGGCUUAUUGGUGAAGGGUACAGCAGUCAGCUGUCCAUUGAUGACCAGAGGUAUAUCUUCACGCUGGCCUUCAGGAUGUGGAGCGAAGUGUCGCCUUUGGAGUUCGUGGAGGAUUUGCACUCGCCACUGGAGGAGAUCGACAUUAGACUGGGCUUUGGAACAGGACGGCAUCUUGGCUGUGCUCAGCGGUUUGACGGUGCUGGGAGGGAGUUCGCUCAUGCGUGGUUCCUCGGAGACAUCCACUUCGACGAUGAUGAACACUUCACCGCCCCCAACACGGGGAACGGGAUCAGCUUACUGAAGGUUGCUGUGCAUGAAAUAGGACACGUCCUGGGCCUUCCUCAUAUUUACCGCACCGGAUCCAUCAUGCAGCCCAGCUAUCGGCCGCAGGACACCGGCUUCGAGCUCGACUGGAUGGACAGGAAGGCCAUUCAGAACCUUUACGGUGGCUGCACGGGUCGUUUUAGCACCGUGUUUGAUUGGAUCAGGAAGGAGAAGACACAGUACGGUGAGGUCGUGGUGCGUUUUAACACCUACUUCAUGCGGGAAGGCUGGUACUGGCUGUACGAGAACCGGAACAACAGAACCCGUUUCGGAGAUCCAAUUUCAGUGCAGGUCGGAUGGCACGGAAUCCCAUCAUCUGGUGUGGACGCGUAUGUUCACGUGUGGACACGCAAGACGGAUGAAGUGUAUUUUUUUAAAGGUACGCAGUACUGGAGGUAUGAUAGUGAAAACGAUCAGGUGUUUUCUCGUGACCCCGAUGGGCAGCGCUAUCCUCGUCUCAUCUCAGAGGGGUUUCCUGGAGUCCCCGCCCCCAUCGACACCGCCUACUACGACAGAAGAGACGCCCACAUCUACUUCUUUAAAGGAUCCAAGGUUUAUCGCUUUGACGUCGGAGCUAAUCUGCUAGCUGCCGGCUCUCCCAAAAAGAUAACCGAACAGUUCCCUGCGGUUGCCACGGGCGACCACCCUGUCGCGAACUUGGACGCGGCGUACUUCUCCUAUUCACACAAUGCGCUCUUCCUGCUGAAGGGCACCUCCUACUGGCGGGUGGUGGGGAGCAGAGAGCGCCGACGGAGGGCGUGGCUACCUUACAACGGUGUCCUGCCUGGGAGAGAGGUGGACCAGCAGUGGUUCGACAUCUGUGACGUCCACACCAGCUCUCUGAAGACUGCACGCAGGUGAUGGAGGAGUGGGCGUGGUUACUCCAUCAUCAGAUCAAAAGGUCUUCAUCCAGGCAAAGGCUUGAAUCUUGUAACCAUAAGACUAAUACAGCAAUAUGGUUUGGGAAGAUACUGACCACUGCCUUCUGGGAACAAUCCAAAAGGACCUUUCUGAUGUUCUGGAGAUGCUCUGACCCAUUCGUCUAGAACAUCACAGUUCUCUUAAAGUGUCUCAGAUUCUUGCACUUGUUCAUUUUUGGUGCUUCUACACAUCAAUUUCAAGAACUGACUGUUUAUAAUACUAGUGCAUCUCAAAAAAGUAUAAAAGAAUAUAAUUGAAAAGUUACUUUAUUUCAGUAAUUCAGUUCAAAAUGUGACACUAAUAUAUUAUAUUAUAGAUGUAUUACAUACAGAGUGAUCUAUUUUUUUUCUUUUUUUCAUUUAUUUCUUUUAUUGUUGAUUAUUUUUGACUUACAGCCAAUGAAAACCCAAAAAUCUGUGUCUCAGAAAAUUUUAACAUUAUAUAAGACCAAUUGGUACCAGUGUGCCAAGUCCUGCUGGAAAAUGAAAUCCGCGUCUCUAAAAAGUUUUCAGCAGAAGGAAGCAUUAAGUGCUGUAGGAUUUUCUGGGACAAAACAAAACUGC